GAACCACUUCUUUUCGUUUGUAUGAACAAGUUGAGUGUGAGUGUGUGAAAUUAAUGGUGAUGUAGUGUAUCUUUGAGUUUGCUACAGCACUACAUACUUACCUACCUCUAUUACAAAGCACCCGCUAUUUUGCAUCCCACAUCUGAGAAUCACCUGACAUGUAAGGGUAUUGUUGAAAGAAUAAAAUACUUCACAAAGCCAACACACCACGUGGAAACAUUUCACGGUCAUUAUUUAAAAAGUUUGUUAUUAAUUACUGACGCAGACGAUAUCAUUAAAGGCUGUUACUACUGCUGCCCGCCGCCACCGCCCCUGGUAUUUACUGUCAAUUCUUAGUCUUCCUUGUCAGCUGAAUUAUAGAGUGAGCAACUUGUGAGCUAAUUCAGACAUUUAUAUUAUUGUUUAUGUUCGUCUGUUUUUCGCCCAUCUCGCCUGUUGCAAUUGGGCCUUUUUUUAAAACAGAAAACGUCCAUCUUAAGUUACUUAUCAAAUACUUAUACCACUAUAUUUAUUAAUAAUAUACAAUUUGGAUUAAUCCUCGGUGAAACAGAUUCGUAGUUUCUACAGAAUGCCUGACGAUAAUACGAGGUUGUUGGCCGGCAAUGUGCCCGAAGACUCGAGACCCAGCUACUAUAGUGAUGCAGAUAUGGGACGAACUAAAACGGCACAAGUAAUAUUUGUUGGAACUCUCAUCCUUAUGGUAUUUGUCACAAUAUCACUGAGCAUUUACCAAGGUGUCCAUCAGCAAGCAAAUGGUGCUCUAUAUUUUAUGCUUGGACUAUCACUAAUUGGAUUUGUUGUUAUAGAGCUUCUGAUGGUGAAUUUCAUCCGCAAAGGUGAUCUUUCAAGAGAGAAAACCUGGUUCCUCUAUUUUGUUGGUGGAUGCGUCUUCCUUGAAGCUAUCUUCACUGAUGUCUUGCUCUUCCGUUGAAAUAUUUAACACAAAUAUUUUUCAUUUUAACUGUAUAACCUCAUCUGUCAACAUGUUCAGCGUUUAGCAAGGAGGAUAGAGAGAAUUAUCAGCAACAAAGAAGCCUUUGUAAAAAUAUAAACUUUCAGACUACCCCAGACGUAAUAGGUACACUUGUUGAACAAAUCAGCUCUAUCUUAUUUUGUUGGUGAAAUAUUUUCACUGAAGUAUUCUCGUAAAUGUCAUCUCAUUCCUAGACUUAUUCCAAUAAGUUAUUCAUAAAUUAA